UAUCUCGAGAACUGGUCUGACCUUUGCUGUGCUCUGAUUUGUGGGACUGUUCCAUUCAUAGGAGCUCAUGCACUGGAACAGAUGCAGCUGAUUCUUGACACCGUGCCGGUAAUCAGAGAUGAGGACAGACAGGACCUGCUGCAGGUGAUGCCUUCAUGUAUUAAUCAUGGCUGGAAAGUCAAGAAGCCAUUUUCCGUGCUGCUGCCUGAAGUGAAUGCAGAAGCUGUGGACUUCCUGGAGCAAAUCCUAACAUUCAACCCCAUGGACCGACUGACGGCCGAGGCGGCGCUCUCCCACCCCUUUCUGCGCCAGUACUCGUGUCCCGAAGAUGAGCCCACCUCGGUUCAGCCCUUCCGCAUUGAGGACGAACUGGAAGACAGUCUGGUCACGGGACACAGUCUCAGCAAUAGUCUGAGCCAGACGUCCAGUAACCAAUGGGACAGCUUGUCAAACGAUAUGUGCUGGCCGCAGUUUGGGAGGAGCUGUGGAUGCAUGCCUUCUGGUCACAUGACUUCAGAUAUGGAAGACACGACGGAAGAAGAAGAGGUGCAGAGGGACCCCCGAGCCAGCUGCACCUCACUAGAGGAGGCCCAGGUGGACCCGCGCAAAUAUUCCCACAGCAGCUCCGCCGAACGCUUCCUGGAGCAUUCCCACUCCUCUCUAGACCGGGCCUGCGGUUUCGGGUUCGGCGAUCUGGACUGCGGCCGCUCGUGUGACUACAAGGUGGGCUCGCCGUCCUAUCUGGACCGGAUUGCGUGGCGGGAUGGCAAACCUCAGCACUACUCGGAACCCCGCCUCAUUCUGGAUCUGUCCCACUGGAAGCGUAACACAAUCACCCCUCCGGUGCCCAUCCAGCCACUUGGGGGAAGCUUGGAGGAUGAGAGGGAGAUGAACGUGGAUGACGAGGUUGCAGGAACGGGAACCGGGACAGGAGAUUUAUUCCAGGAGAUCUCCCGCUGGGUGGAGAGCACCCAGUCCCAUCUGGACUCCCCCAGUCCAAGUCCAUCUCUGGAGCCGCACCCCUGCUUCACCUCCUCCCCGCCUCUCCCGCUGUCCCCUACGGACCUCCCGACUCCCGUCUUUCACUACCCGGACGUGGAGCCGCAUCACUUAACCGACGAGGACGGAAUCAGCCCCUUUCCGGCCAUCACCCCUCCAUCUCUUUGCUCCCUCAUUCCAUCCACUCCCGUCUCUCCUCUUCUUCCUCCCCCACAUCUCUCCACGACCAGCACUUCAAAACCAUCGGACGUCCAAUGCGACGAGUUGCUUCCCGUCAAGCAGAAAGAACGCCUCUUCGACUUGGAUGCAUUCAUCUCCCGAGCAUUGAAGCUGUGUCGACAGAAUAAGGAAAAAAGUGAUGGGAAAGGGCGGCGGGAGGAAAGCAAACAAGUGAACAUCAACUGCAGAUUGUCCAGACCCCCUGAGCACAGGACACCGCCACCCCCGCGGACUUAAAACCACUCCAGGAGUUUACACCGCAAAAGGUUUUUUUCAAUCUUCCUUUUAACGCUCUUUUCUAGUAUUACAAUGUUCCUCCGCAGGGCACCACAAAGCUCCCGCUAAAUUGUGUUUUUUUUAAAAAUGAAAUUGCCAUGGCAAUUAUAUACAGUAGUACUUUGACUUACCAGUUGGCUCUCGAGGAACCAGAAUUCCCUACGCCUGCUUGAUAUGGAAAGGCAUAGCUCGAGGUAUUGCUCAAGGGAACUCGACAGAAAUUUAUUUGACAUGUUUUUGAUUGGGGCAGCAUGAUGAUUAGUGCUCGGUCGCGCGUCCGCCUUACGAUCUCAGCUUCUGGGUUUGAAUCUUGGCUCUGGCCCAUCUGUGUGGAGCUAGUUUGACCUCUUUAGUUGCAUCUUGUAUUCGCCACAGUUUCACUUAACAUUUCCGUUAAUUAGGCAACGUUGUGGAAUGGUGCUUAGCAUGUCUGCCUCACAGCUGAGAGAUUUGGGGUUUGACUCUUACAUUGUCACCCGGAUAUACGGGAACUUAAACACCAGAGAACCACACAAAAAAACUCUUAAUGUUUUGUUUAUGUUUUCAUAUUUUAUAUUUUCCACACACAGGAAGGUCUUCUGAAUGUAUUCAACAAGGAAUAUCGUAGGACUAAAAAAAAAUGACGCUUAGUUAUAUAAAAUGUCCAACUCCUCACACGUUCAUUAUUUGUAGGAAAUCUUUGGGUGCUGUGUGGUCUUUACAGAAUUUCAGACUUGUUUGACUUGAUUUUGGUUUUAAUGUGCAAUGCAUUUUUUGAAUGCAAACAUUUAUCUAUUUUACAAUAGAGAGCACAAAAUAACAAACUUUAACGUAAGACCCCAAAGUCUAAUACAAGCAUCAUUGUAGUAUGAACCAAAUUUGUGGGUUGCCUAUGCUUGCAAUUGUAAAAGACAGUAUAUUCCGAUAAGGUUAUUAAUCACGUGUGCCUACCCCCCCCCCCAAAUGAGUUACAUUCAAUGUUGCUUUAGCUUUUUUACAAGGAUGCAAUAAGGCUAUGACAUGUAUCAUUAGAUGGGUCUACAGAACACACAAAUUCAAUAGAAAAUGAGGGAACAUUUGCAAAACAAAACAAAAACAAACUGAACUUCUAUUCACAGUUGCGCAUUUAGGAAUGUUUUUCUUCUACUAUCUGUUGCAGUGGUGUUUAAUAUACAGUAAGGUGAUGCAAAAUUAAUUUCAAUGAUGAUUCCAAUUCAAUAAGCACAUUUCUUUUUUUCCCAGUACACUUUCCACAAAACCAGCAAUUUCUAUCACGCAAAUUACACACGGUUACUGAGCUAAUUUUCUAUUGAAUGAAUGUACAUGCCUCUGUACCCCUCAAUGCUUCCCAGCUUACUGAAUGUAAACACACACCCCAAAUCGGAAUCCGCAUGCUUUGCGAGUAAUAUAAAUAUAUCCACAUACUUCACGUGUCUUUCCAGCAGGCUUUUUCUACUCCAUUUUGGUAACGGGAGCGGCUUGAAUGUUAAGUACUGAUUGGGGUUUUUUUCACCUUUUUUUGGGGGGGUGGGGGACAUAAUAAAACAAAUACAAAAUGGUUGCUCUGCA